AGCCGUGCACGCGAUAUGCACAUUAAAAAAAUCUCGGGAACUCUGCAAGUGAGGAGGAGCGAUAAGCUUAUUUUGUCGAGCAAAGCUGGUUCAACGAUUUAUAAUUAUUCAAAAGUGCUGACAUCGAGUUCCGCGAAAAUGAGCGGACCCAAAGUCUUGGUUACGAGGCCGGACAUACCUGUUGCGGGUUUGCAUUUGUUACGUGAACGAUAUCAGAUUACGUUAUGGGAUAAACAAGAGCCGAUACCACGGUCGGAAUUAUUAUCCAGAAUCCGUGGAGCGGAUGCUCUGUUUUGCGUACUGACGGAUAAGAUAGACGACGAGAUCCUGGAAGCAGCGGGUCCACAAUUAAAAGUCGUAGCAUCCAUGUCAGUCGGUGUCGAUCACCUGGACUUGAACGCCUUGAGGAAACGAGGCGUCAAAGUCGGCUAUACUCCAGAGGUUCUCACCGAGGCUACUGCGGAACUGAUAGUAGGUCUUUUAUUAACCACAUCGAGGAAUUUACUGCAAGCGAACAGGGCGAUUUACAAAGGCGAAUGGAAAUCCUGGUCUCCCGUAUGGAUGUGCGGCACAGGGCUGUCAGAGAAAACUGUAGGUAUCGUCGGUCUAGGUAGAAUUGGGGUCAGAGUAGCGGAGAUACUCAAGAGCUUCAACGUUGCCAAGAUAUUGUACACGAGCAGAACGGUCAAGUCAGAAGCGUCAGAAUUGUUGAACGGCGAGAGGGUUGAAUUUCACGAAUUACUGGAGAACAGCGAUUUCGUUGUCGCGACUGUGGCGUUGACGCCCGAAACGAGGCACAUGUUCAAUGCUCGGGCCUUUGAGAGAAUGAAGCGGACGGCUAUAUUCGUGAACGGCAGUCGCGGAGAUGUCGUGGAUCAAGACGCGCUGAUAAGUGCUUUGAAGAAUGGUACAAUCGCGGCGGCUGGUCUGGACGUAAUGACGCCAGAACCGAUACCGUUGGACAGCCAACUUUUACAACUAGAUAAUUGUGUGGUCCUACCUCACAUAGGAAGUGCUACCAAAGAGACCAGGGACGAAAUGGCCAGAAUCACAGCGAGAAAUAUUAUGGCCGUCUUAGAUGGAACACCGGAGAAGAUGCCUGCACAAAUUAAUUUAACGUAGCUACCUACAAAAUUCUUUUUGUCUGUAGAAUGUACAGUCACGAAGAAUGUUCGAUAAUCUUAUCGUGAUGUGAUUAGCCAGUGAUAAACAUAUGCGCAAUCUAUCCUCAACAAUUUAUAAAAUUCUUUUAUUACACUUAUAUAAUUUAUAAAUAUAUUUUAAGAAUAAGUUUAAAUUAGGUUUUCUCAUAAAGUACUGUGUAUAAUUUACAUAACGUACUAGAUGUGAUAAAUCAACAAAUCAAUUUGUUAC